GGAUCUUAACAAAACAUAUGGAAGGUAGACAAGUUUCACCGUUAAUACCUCAGGAUGAAUAUGCUCUUUUCGAUCUUUCACAAGCUUCCGAUGUGCGAAUUAAAGGAUUACGAUCGACCUCACCAGAACACAAAACAUCCAACCUGCAAUACACACAUUCUUUAGAUAAUGGCACUCCUGCAUCAAUAGGAACAUUUUCUUUAUCUGACCAACUUC